UGACAAUUUGAUAGCACUAGUAGUCUGUGAUUGUGACAAUGGCAAGUUUGAACGAAAAUGUUUUACGAGAUCCCGCGCUUUUGAUGUAUUUAAUUGAAAUGAAUUUAAUCGAGUUGUGAUAGACAUUCGCGAUGUGACAUUCGUAAUAAAGGAAAAAAUGAUGAAACAAGUGUUCACUACUGCUAAAAAACUAGCAGAGGAGAUUAGAAAUAUACAAAGAUGUUUGCAAUGUACAAUUUGCUUGCAUACCAUAUCUAAUCCAGUGAAAACCCUUUGUGGGCAUCGAUUCUGUUACCAGUGCAUUCAAACGCUAUUACAAAGUAAAAAUGCUCUCUGUCCACUCUGCAACCACGCUAUACAGCGUCGCAACAUUUCUAAGGACGAACACAUGGUAUUAUACAUCGAUGGACUACAGAAACUAAUCGAAGCGGUGCAAUCGGAUUCAGGCAUCGAUAUACUUUCUCAUUUAUCGACACCAUGCUGCAUACAACAAAGUGAAUCGCCAGAUAAUACCGAAUUCACUAGAUGUGAUACAAAGGAGUUGAUCAGACCGAGUUGUUCUUACGUGGACACCAGUCUACAAAAGGAAGUCGUUUUUAAAAGAAGGAGAGGUCGACCUCGAAAAGACCCGACAUCACAGAAAAGCAAAACGAAAUCUACGGAGGAGAAAGACAGCGCUGUCACGAAAUACUUGCCAAAAUGUGGUUUGUCUAGCAUAGGACAGUUAGAUGAGUUGAACGAUUCUCUAGACGAGAAUGUGACACAGGGCAAAGUAACAAAUUGGCUGGAGAAUCUGUCUAAGCAGGAAGUGUUAGACAAUCCUCAUAAAGUUGAAAUCGUACAGUCUCCAACAUGCAAUUUUAACGACACGUUAUUUAUCUCAGUUUCUCAAAACGAUCCACAGAUCAGGAUCGACAAUUUUGACAAAGACGUUGACACGAGGAUGAAGGACGACGCUGUCAGACAGGUUCGAAGGACAUCUUUGGAGAGCGAGAAUAACGAAAGCAAUUCGAACAAUAUGAACGAUCGCAGAACGUCUAUAGAGACGAGAACUGCGAUUUCUUCGUUGAAGUUGGACUUUGAUACGAUGAAUUCGAGGCCGAGCACGUCGAAGAUGACGAGAUCGUUUGAUGACAGUAAGGAAAAGAACGAAGAAAAAUUCAUAGACGUUAACAGGACGUCACCCUGUGACAUAUUGUCCAGCAUGCAGAAGAAUUGGUCCUCUGUAGAGAAGUUUGGCAAAGAGAUGCGGACGAGGAAGAAGAAAUUGAAAUCCUUGAACGUGAGCAUCGAGAACAAGGGAAAAUCUCGGUCAGUAGAUGAAGCUACGACGAACUUGAACAAAGAGGAAAAUGUGAAGUUGAAAGUUGUCAACGACGUAGGUAAUGGACGAACGAGGAAAAGAAAGGAACCGAUGAUGGCUGAAGACGUCGUGAAUAUCGCCGUGGACGAAAGAUCCGACGAGGGGAAGAAAAGUUCGGCAAAAAGUGAUUUUGUUCGCGCGAGAGACGCGUCAUCCCCGAGGGAUAGAAAGGAUAGAUCGAUGUCAGAGAAAGUUCAGUCGACCACUGAAUCGGCCUUUAUCAUGCUAGAAGAGGGCAAGCAGGUGGACAUUCGAUAUUUGAACACCUAUCAGAUGCACGCGAUUAUCGGCGUAACACACGAGGAUUCACGAGCUAGCAUUGAAACAAACCAAACGAAUAAUGGCGAGGAAAUGAUGCUCCCUACAAAGCGACACGUCGAUCUAUUCGAUACGCCUUUCCACGAUCGAGAUAAGAUAUUUUCCCAAAUGACGCUGGUUAAAUCAAACCGAGACCAAGGUGGGCCGAAUCUGCUUGAUGAAUCGCGUAAUGAGAAAAAUUGUUCUUCGACACCAACGAAAAAGAUUACGAUGAUCGAUGAAGCCGAUUGUACCUCAAACUUAGAAACUUCAACGCCUCAUCGCAAAAGAUUGUCUCUGAAGAGAAAAAGUACAGAUUUUAAAUUGAAUAAUUCUUCCAGUUCGAUUGUUGAUUCUCGUAUUGGUCUGCAGGCUGUUAAACGAGACUUGAAAUUUGAGAUUGAGCGUGAAAGUGAUCAGGCUGAUGGAAACGUUGGCGCAGAUAACAGGAGUCUGGAGGAAGCAGUUGGAACGCAGAAAUGUCGAGCUUCUACAGAUGAUAAACUGAAUGGUAAACGUGUCAGAAGCUUGACUGCCACUUCGACCGAGUUUACAAACAGGAGGCUGGAGAACAGUGGGUGCAAUGUGUCCCUGGUCACGUUCAAGAAACUAGGGAAAACUUUCAAGCAUCGCAGAAAACGAAUUCCUUUCAUGUAUCUGGGAACAACCAGACAGAAAGCGAUGGUGGGCCAUUAUCCUGGGUUCCGUUUACAAAGACCGUGUAAUCCGGUUGAUAUAUUAGACAUGCAGGAUUAUACAAUUCAAGAUGGCUUUGGUAACAAUGCACUAAUCACGUUGAACGAUACACAGAUAAUAGAUGAGGACGAAGGCAAAGAAGUAGAACCUGUCGCGACAGAAACUAGUGUAACUGAAGCGGUCGUCUUCAAUAAUCAGAUAGAUCACCAUGAAGAAAAUCCGCCUGAAGAAAUUCAGGAGAAACCUGUUUCAGUUGUUGAGAUCCCUGACAGCGUUGAAAAUAAAUCUCCAGAUAUAGACGUACUCUUGGUAUCUCUGAGUGGAAAUGAAAAACCAUAUCUCUUACCACGUGAUGAACAGCUUGUUAAAUCAAAUAAUACAUCGACCAAGGAUACCGUAAAGAUGAUACCAUCAGCAAAUGACUCCCAGUUACAGUUCCUCUCUUUAGAAUCCCCCGCGUUCGACAUUUUACAGUCCCAGAAGCUGAUCCACGAAACUGAACCCAAUACAAAGAGCAACAAAGUCUCUGUCUCUGGAGAUUUCUUACACGUAUCAGAUCAAUCCUAUUCUCGUACGCUAAUGAGAAAAAGGAAGAAAUUUGGUAGUCAAAACAAGUUCUCUGAUAGAAUGAAAAGGAAGUCUAAAGUCAGCGACGAAGAGGACGUUUGCUCCAAUCACAGUUUCUCGUCAGAGGUCACGUAUAUUAGGAACAACGGCAAAGAAGUCCCAUUCUUCAAUACAAGUUUAGACGAGAAUUGUCAGUCCUCCGAUCGUAGCAGCAAAGAUACGGAAAUCGUAUCAGUAAACUCGAAUAUCAGGGAAACAAAAAACAAGAAGGUGUUCAAGAGAAUUUUGCCAAUCGCCAGUUCAAGCACUGAUUCCCCGGACAUUGUCUCUCAAGGCGUCUCUCCGACGACCAAGCGGAAACGAGUCGUUUCUCCUGACGUUAGCGACGGAGAAUGGAACGCGAUCGUGCACAACUGGGUCGACGGAAGGUGCGAAAAGAAAGGUAAGUUGGAGCAAACUCGCGAUUCCUCUAGUUUGAUGAACGCGUCUCGCGCUGUUAGAGACAACGCUUUGUUGAAGUCCGGCUCGUCAGAUCGUGACAAAUCUACCAACAAACUGUCUACGCUGCAGUGUAGACAGCAAUUAGACUUUGCUGGUAAAUCCAGCGACGAGGGAACCAAUUUCAGUGGAUCCAAAUGGAGGAAGAGUUUGGAGCCUAAGGAUUCGUCGAUUGCUGUCGAGGACUCGCCUGAUUUUAGUUUAACGAUAGAUCGAAUUAAAAAUAUACGAAACAAAACAACGGAACUCAUACAGGCGGAUACUUACGACGAUAUCAUAGCAAAUACAGACUAUGAAGAAAUCAUUAUAGAGGACGAUAAUGGAAAGGAUAAAGAAUCUAGAAGAGAAUCGGUCGAGUGUUUGGAGACAGAUAAUUACGAGAGAAAAUCUAAAUCAGCAAGAUCGCAUGUUGAAAGUUCUUACUCGUCAAAUAAAGAUGUUGUGUACGUACGUUCUAGUGGAUCUGAUAAGGAGAAUAGUAACCAAAUAUCUGGUUCAUUGUGCGAUAGUGACAAUGAGAAUGAAGAGAAACUGGUUUCAAUGUAUGUAAAUAUAGUUAAUAAGAGUUUAAGGAAGAACAGAUUACAAGGAAGUUCACUGAAGUCAUCCGGCAACGAAUCGAUAUGUAUUUCAAAUAAAUCAUUGGGACAGAGAUCAAUGACUUCUUCUCAGAAGCAUCCAACGAAUGCGAGUAUGAGCAAUUCUACAGUUAAGGAUAUGUCCGAACAUGAUUCUUUGAUGGACAUCACGCAACAUGAUCUGAUGAUUAAACAAUUUGAGAUGGAUCUGUUUGAGAAAAAUUGUAAAAAUUCUUACGUGCCUUUGGAAAUGCAAAAGAAGACUCUGCAGACGCCGAAGUGUAACAAGAAGUGUUCAAACGCAGAUGGAAAGGGCGUCGAAUACUCGGGUGAAGAAGACGACAUUGUCGAGAACACUCCUAACACAAAGACGAAAAAUUCGGAAGCGAUCAAUUCGACGCAGAGGAGCGUGGUAUCGUCGUUCCCGGUUUCGAAGACCUUGGAAACAUCAUUGCCUGCCAAAAUUCUACAAUCGACGACCGGAAGAUGCCUCACCAAUAUCAGCACUCCGAAUUCCACGAUCAACAUUCCUCCUCUCUACCAGAGCACCCCGAAAAUGCAUCAGUCUACCAGCAAUAACGCCACGAAGCUUGUUCCUCGCGCGAAUGAAUCCUCUAACAAGCAGACGAAGGAUUCCAUUCAGCGAAAUAUGAAUCGAAGCGUUCAGGAAAGCACUGUUCAACGUAGAAAUAACAUUGAGGAAGAUGUUCAAAUUAUAGAUAACAGUCGGGAUAAUAUCGUUAAAAGUACAAAUAAUGUUCGAGGCGUUGAGAAAAAUAUCGUUCAACGUGCACACUAUACCAGCAGACAGAAGUUCUGUUUUGUAUGCAGCGGACUGACAAUUCAUGAAAUCGAUCUAGUGAAGAAGUUAACGCAAAUGCUGGACGGUAGAUACUUGACUCAGUUCGAAAAGGAUGUAACACACGUGAUCGUGAAAGCUGACAAACAUAACGGAACUAGCAAGACGUUGAAAUACCUGCAGGGUAUAGUCCAUAGGAAAUGGAUCGUGAGUUAUCAGUGGGUGGUGGAUUCGGUAAAGGAGAGAAGAUUAGUGAACGAGGAAGCGUACGAGGUGGUGGAUUCUAAGACUCUCGAAAAAGGCCCUCGAAAAUCGCGGUGCAGAGAGAAGGAUUUAUUCGAGGGAUUCUGCUUUCUAUGUAUUGAACCGUACGUCAACGUUUCUAUAGAACAGUAUCAGGAUUUGCUACGCGCUAUGGGUGCCACCGUGGUCAACUCGUUACACGCUCUAGCCGCUGAGAAGAAUUUGAUGAAGAUCAUUUUGAUUCAGGCCGACCUUCAUGAAUUCCAAAUUAUUGGGAAAAAGGUUCGUCGAAACGAGUAUUCGACAACUAGAUUUUCGAUCUGCUUGCGAUGUUAAUGAAGGCACCAGCCGCUUGGCGAGAGCUUCGAAUAAGGAGGUUGAAGAUAAAAGCUGCGAAGCGAUGGAAGGGGAAAGAAAGCAGCUUUCGUUGCUUUCGAAUGGAUCUUUCGUCUUCUGGCAGAUUGUUUCUGCGAUCGGAGAUGCGGAUGGAGGGUGUUUUGUCGAGGUUAAGAUAAUCACGCGAAUGGUGGCGGUGUUUUACAUGGAAAUAUAAAUGAUGUUCAUGAUGUCGUUGGUGUAAUGAUGGAGACAAUGGCGAGGACAUUUUUUGCCUAUCGUUUAUGUAGAUGUACACGUAGAUUUUUUACGUAAAGUGCAUGCGUGCAUCUACAUGUUGAUCAAUUUUAAACAAUUUUAACGAUCGAUUUUAAGCGAUCUUAAUGAUCAAUUUUAAAUAAGUUUAAUCUUGAUUUUUUCUUCAUACACAAACGUGAUAUAAUUCAUUUUGCAAGGGAAACGAGACAUUAAAAAUCAAGGAGCUUAUAAAUAAAGAAAUGAUCACGUCGAAGAGAUUUUUAAUUCGAAUAUCCGCUAACAUGUCUUACCUGGUGAAUAGUUUAACAAUUCUACUUUUUCAUUCCUAAUUCUCAUAUUGUGAUAUUUUCAUUUUAUUUAUGAAAGGCAGACUACAAAAUAUUUUAAUACGUGACAAUAUCAUAGAAUAUUUUCGUGAAUACCUGCACAGGGAAUAAAAAUAAAUUGGAUGAGAAUUAAUUAAACAGAUAAAUCUAGAAAGGCGUAGGAGGGUCCGCAUCGUGAAAUAGAGUUUGUAUCUAACGAAGAUCCUGACGAACGUCCAGUGAAAUUCGACGAGUCGUAUUCACUAAGUGUGUGGAUUAGUGAAAUCCCGGGUGAUCGCUGGAAAAAUCCAGCGCAACUGGCAGCAAAGUGCUUGGUUACGUUCGACAGAUGGUGAAUUUCCUUUGACCAAGUAAUUCGUACAAGAAAAUCCGUGGAAUUUUAUUGGAAAAGUUAAGACAAGGGUUAAUAGCUUCUUUCGAUCCAUUAUUUCUUAUCUGCCUUUUAUUAGGCGAUCAACUUUACUCAAUUUUCAAUUAAAUCCUUUUUAACGAUCUUAACUGCAUAUUAAAGCAAACAGUGUAGGAUAAUAUCGAAAAACAUUAAAAUCUACAAUUCAGUAACAUUUCUUUCCUCUUUUCUCCACGUAAAAUAAAAUCCUCGAUCAUUUUAUGAUGGAAUGUAGAGGUUGAAGAAAUUUUAUCUUUCAUAUAAAUUCUGUAAAAAUCUAUAAUCCAUAAAUUUUAUACACUUUCUAUCUACGAGUGACUUCAUAUUGUGGAUACGAAUUAUACGCGUAAAAACAGGCAUAUUACAUUCUAUCGAAGAAAAUUAAAUUGAUAUUUCUUUAACAAUUUAAUUUAGCGAAUAAAAUCUCUCUCUCUCUCUCUCUCUCUCUGUUUUAAACGUCUCUCAUAAUUAAUCAUGCUUCGUAUUUUCAAUAAUUUACUACAUGUUCCUAAUUUUCUAGGGUUUUAAAUUUCCAACUUACGUAAUUUGCGACCGUGUCCAAAAAUCGAGUUCCAAGCAUUUUGGUAAAGUUUAAUUAAAACCUGUCAGUCAACCUGGUAAUCCUUGUCCGAUCACGCCAAACCUUUUACGCAACAACAUUUAAUAUCGAUCGUCGGAAAUGUUACAAAGUUUCCAAACAAUUCUUUACGUUAUACCGUACAUCUUAAUAUUCAUAAUCGGGUAAUUUUAUUUAAUUAUUUAUGAUCGGAUUUUCUGUACUUGAUAUAAAACCAAGAUGGCUAAUAUUUUAUGCAUUAACAAUUCAGCGCAUUAUUGUAAUAUAGAUUAAGAAUUGUUAUUCGAGAAUUUUUAUUUCAUUAUUCAGCAAUCACUCUUCUAUCCUCUGUAAAAAAUCUACAUUGUUAAUAUUUUAUGCUUCUAUGCUUUCGGUAACUCGAUAGGUCAGUUUGCAAAAUGAAUUCCAUCAAUUAUCUUUCAUUUUAGUAUCAGAAUCUACUCGUGUAAUUCAACCGAAUAUCAUUAGUGAAAGCACACGAAAUACAAGUGAAACGACAGAAGCACAUCGCAAUUUCAAUAAAUCCUUUUAUCUAGCAACAACGAUUCUUCAAAUUAACAGAGAAGUCUGUAUUAAUCCUAUUUAUCAAUCUAUCUGUAACUGAUCUACUAAUUUCGAGAUUAACGUGAAAGUCUACGUCUUACAAUUCAAAACUUAUCAAUUCAUUAACGUUAUCGUUAAUAAAUUGUUAUGCAAAAAGAUUCAGAUAACCUUGCGUAUAAUCCAUAUAGAGAUAAACCAAGAUAAAUAGAUAGGCGCCAACAAGGCAAAUAAAAACAAUAGGCGAAGCAGCGUAUGAAAUUGGAUUACACGCGGAUAUUGGCGAGCUCGUCGAACAGUUGUUAGGUGGAAAUGGCGAAUGUUAAAUCGCUACAAGAAUAGCGGCAGGUAUUAAGGUCGUUGUUCGUAGGAAAGCGUGUUUCACUUUUUGAGACGUCGUCCGUGAAAAUGAGAUUGCAUUUCCGCGCAGUAAACGGCAAUUGCCCACCAAUGUUUCCACUUCUUUCCCCCGGAAAAAAGAGCCUAUAUAGAGAGAAAAUUGUCCGGCUUUAUGGUGACGUCGCGAGUCUUUUUCCCUCCUCCUACGUUCUUCUUACGCUUUCGCUUUUCACUUUUGUUUCCUGUCGUCUUGCCCUCCCUAUGUUCUAUGCUUCCUUGUUUCACCUUUAUCGUCUUCCAUCUUAUCCUGUCUUUUAUCUUUCUCGUUCUUAUUUAUUUCCCCCUCCCCGCUGUUUCAUCGCUUUCUUCUCUCUGCUCGCUGAUUUCUGUAUAAAAUACAACCGUCUAUCUCAUUACGAAAGUUAACACUUUGAUUGCCACGCCGAAAUCACAUGUUUCGCUCAGAACGCCACGGGAGUAUUUUUAUUAUUCAAAGCAUAUAAUGGCAAAAUAAUAAUAAAUCGAUGAUGUAAGACAGCAUUCUUCUCCAA